UACAACUCCGGCCAGCAGUGGCCAAACCUCCGGCACGCCAUAUUUAAGAGCACGCGCCAGCAUAGGAGUCGCUUCUCUCGGCGAGCACCAGGAACACUCCAAGCACAACAAGCAGCAUACUCCUCGGCUAGCCGCUAGCUACUUCUCGCGAUGGCAAUGCUGCUGCCGCGGUUGGCUACGGUGCUUGUGGCGGCGGCGCUGGCGUUCGGGAUGGCGGCGGCGCAGGGCCCGGCGGCGGCUCCCGGCCCGGCGCCCGGGAUCAGCGACGAGUGCCUCAACUCGGUGCUCAACAUGUCGGACUGCCUGACGUACGUGACGGCCGGAAGCACGGCGCGGCACCCGGACAAGGCCUGCUGCCCGGAGCUGGCGGGCCUGCUCGAGUCCCACCCGGUCUGCCUCUGCCAGCUGCUGGCCGGCGGCGCCGAGUCAUACGGCGUCAGCGUCGACUACAAGCGCGCCCUCGCGCUCCCUGGCAUCUGCCGCCUCACCGCGCCGCCCGUCAGCGCGUGCGCAGCGUUCGGAGUCCCUCUCCCUGCGGGACUGGUGCCUACUGCAGCGCCCUCGCCCAUGUCAGGCCUCUCUCCUUCUAUGGGUCCAGAAGUACCUGCGAACACGCCGGCCGGCUCAGCAGCGAAGUCGUCGAACCACGCCCCAGGCCGCGUCACCGCCGGUGGCCUCAUCGCCCUCGCCGCGCUGCCCCUCGCCGUCGCGGCCGCCGCCGGGAUGCUCUAGGCCACCACCGGAGCUUGUGAUUUCUUCUUCAUUCUUACCACACAUAUGGUUUGUGCAUUACUAUGUAAUACGCACGUACGGUACAAACAAUUGUUUCCACGCACGAGAUUCUUCCGGGUUUUGUUGUUGUUUUUUCCAUGUAACAAUUCCUUUCGGUGUGCUGUAAAAUUUGCUAGAGAUAGUGACUGCUGUGUACGUA